AAAUAUUUUAGUAGGAAAAACUCCCAAUGAAUCUUUUUCUAACUCAAAAAUGCUUUUGAUGAAAGAACAGAAAAAUCCAUUGAAAAACCCAGAAGAAAAUGGCUUGGCCAAACGGCCACUAUCCCAAAUAACUGAUCAGGAACUUAAUGAAACAACUAUAACUGAAAAUGAACCUGUCUCAAAAAGAUUAAAGCUGGUUGGUUCAAAACCUGCAGAAGAGAAUGAAGAAAAUCCCUCUGAUGCUAUAACAUAUGAAUAUUCUGUUGAUGGGACAAAUAAACCAGUAGGAAAAGUGGCUGUAAACACCUCUCUGAGUAGAUGUUCAUCUUCAUCAAAUUCUUCAUGCAUUCAACAAGAGUUUGUGCCCGAAGAUAAUACUGUACAGAUAACACCUAUGGAAAAUGAACGUUCUCAAGAGAAUGAACUAUUACUUCCAGAAUGCAGAUCAUCUGUCUUAGAUAAUUCAACUGGCAUUAAUUACACAAUGAGUAGUAUUAAGAAUGUUUCAAAAUGCAAAACCUGUAAGGAGAUUUUUUCCUCCGCUCUUGAUUUAGAAAACCAUAUUCAGGAACAUCACCUUAAGCAAUUGAAAGAAAAAGGGAGUUCGUAUUGUACUUCUAAAUCAGAGCAUACUUCAUCUUUGCGAGCGCACAUCAAGCAGACUUCUGGCCAACUUACAUAUUUUUGUGAUCUCUGUGGUUAUCAGACUUUUAAGGAAGCUCUCCUACAAGCUCAUUUUCUUGGCAAGACACACCUCCGGCGACAAAAUCUGGCUGCCCGUGGUGGAUUUGUAAAGAUGUUAACAAAAAAAUCCUUUUGUAAAAAACAGCGGUUUUCAAUCAAAGAAAAGAAUGUCAGAACGAAAUUGGCAUCUAAUAAACAAAAAAUAACAGAUGAGCUUUCAGAUCAUUUAAGAAUUUCAAGCAAUAAGAUAGAGAACUUGAAAGAAAACUGUCAACGUUUAGUUGAAAUGAUACCAUCUACUGAACCAACAGAAUGUAUUACUAAGGAAGAGGCCUUAUUGUGGAAAGUGGAUGGAAAUGGUGAAGUCCUCUUUGAAAAAUCAGAUGUAUCAGAGUCUUCAGAAUGCAAUCCAAACCCUAACCCUAACCCUGCUAAAAGUACUCAAGUCACAGCUAGCAACUUAAACGCCACUGGUGUAUUAGGUAGUUUCUACAAAAAAAGAAGAAUCCUAUCACAAGGAAUGACUUUCAGGCAAAGCACUUUUUUCAGAAUAAAUCAACAGAUUAAAAGAAGAUACAAUCUUUUAGGUGUUGGUAAAAAAAGCAAGCUUGAUUUUAGAGUGAAGCAUAGUGUUCAGGGAGAGUUGCAUCGGAGUGAUUUAUCACAGGCCAAAGUUUUACAAAGUGAAGGUGAUGGCAAGGAUUUCUAUGCAGAUAUCCCCAAAACAGAAGCAUUACAUCAGAAUGAAAAAAAUAUACUGGAACAUAAGACUGCAUCAGAAAAGGAACUUGAUGAGCAGAGAGCACUAGAUCCUUGUAAUCAUGGUGGAUGUACCUCGUCAAAUAAAGAAGACCUGAAAUUGGAUGCUGAUAAAAUUCAUGGUGAAUUUAAAGUCCAUUGUCAAAUAUAUGGAUAUUCCUCUGACAGCAAGAACCUGGAACGUUGUCAAAAGAAUAAUAUUAUAGACGGUUGCAAGAAAAAUUGCCCUAAAUGUUCAUUUCUUGCCCCAAAUGACAUAAGCCUUGAGAAACACAUGUCUGAUGAGCAUAGCAUGGCUUUCUCUUGUUCUGCUUGCUGCAAGUAUUUUCAAACCAACGAAGAAGUAGCAGCUCAUAAUGCAACUGAGCAUCAUAGUGAUUUAUUGUCUCAAGGAAAUACCAUUCAGUCGCUUCAGAGUGAUCUGGCUGUGCAUUCAACAUCUUGUCCUUCAGGUGAACUUCCAAAGGUUGUAGAAUUGAAAGCACAACAGGCAGACCUCAAGCUCUCAAUAUUACAUCCUGGUAGUGAGCUCAAGGAGUCUGUUCUGAGCAGAAGUCAAUUUCAGUGUAAAAAAUGUUUUUAUAAAACAAGGUCUUCUUCUGUGCUUACAAGGCACAUAAAACUUCGCCAUGCUCAGGAAUACCAUUUCCUUUGUAAAGCGUGUAACCUUUAUUCAUUAAGCAAAGAAGGCAUGGAAAAACACAUAAAGCGAAGUAAACACCUUGAAAAUGCCAGAAAAAAUAACAUUGGCUUACGAUUUGAGGAAUGUAUUGAAAAGAUAUGUGUAGGUGGGACAGAUGGUAAAAAAGGAACUGAAGCCCCUAUUUCUGGAAGUUUAAAGACAGCAUUAGAGAAUGAGAGCAUACGUGCACCUUUCUCUUCUCUGCAGAAGGUAUCAAUAAAUAAAGAGUUGUACCCAUCAAAUGAAACAAUUAAAGAUAGUGAGUUGCUUUUUGGGGGCCUGCAAAAGAAAGGUAGACCUAAAGGGACAAUUUCUCGGACAUGUCCUCACUGUGGCCUAUUGGCGUCUAGUGUAACAAACUUGACUGUCCACAUUCGCCGAAAGCAUAGCCACCAGUACAGCUAUUUAUGCAAAGUAUGUAAUUACUAUACUGUAACUAAAGGUGAUAUGGAACGUCAUUGUGCUACAAAGAAGCAUAAAGGCCGCUUGGAAGCCAAUGGGGAGAAAAACGUUGAGUUUAUUGUUUGCCCAGAAAAUGAUAACAUUGAAGCCAACACAAAGAAAACAGAUGAUCCAGGAAGUCUUUCAAAAGAAUUCAUAGUUUCUAACGAUCAGGCUUCAGAGACAGAUCAAGCUAUUUUGGAAAGCAAGGGAGAUGAACAGGACAAUACCAUCCAAUUAAAUGUCAAAAAUAUAAUUCACCUUCCCAAAAGAGAUAGAGAUAGAAACUUUUCUGAAACACAACAUAAAAUUGGGGAAUCGAGUAACAUUAGCCAAGAUAAAAAUGUGCUGGUUCAAACAAGGCUAGCAACUGCAAAUGAUAAUAAGUGUGCGCAUUGUAACUUCAUUGCACAUUCUUUUUCUUCCUUGGAAGUACAUAUAAAACGCAAGCACACUAAAGAAUUUGAAUACUACUGCAUGGCCUGUGACUAUUAUGCAGUUACUUGCCGAGAGAUGAUUAGGCAUGCAGCAACAGAAAAGCAUAAAAUUAAAAGACAAACAUAUAUAGGUGCUUCCUCUGGAGAGGAGACAGAUGUAGCAAGUAUUGCCAAAGAAACUGCUAUUGUUUCUGAAGAAGAGCAGCAAAGUACAGAAGAUCUUCAGAUUUCAUUAGAUGAAACAAAGUCCAAAAGUAACAUUGAAGAGGAAAACCCAGACAACCAGGUCAUGCAUGAAGUGAAUAAGUCACCUACCUAUCUGGCAUUAGAAGACAGUGUUGCUUCAAAGGUUUCUAAAGAUUGCAUUCUUGAGCCUCUAGAUGGUGAAACUGAAGAUGGAACUGAUCAAGGCAGAAAAAAUACAAGUGGUGAAGAAAAUGAUCAAAAUGAAGGUCUUAAACUCAAUGAGAUGGUUGAACUUAAGGAAACAAUUGAUUGUGUUCUGCAUCAAAAUCAAGAAAUAGCAAAAUCAAACAUUCAUUUGGCAACAGUUCCUGGAAAUGGAAACAUGGCUUUCGAUGAAAAUUCUCCAAAUUCAGAUUUAAUGAAAAAUGAAAACAAACUGGAGGAAGAUUCUGAAAAAAGAUAUGAAAGUUCAGAAGUAGCUACUGAAGAAGUGAAAACAGAUGAAACCCAUUUGUCUAUGGUUUCAGACACUGGUAGUGUACUGGGGCAGGAAAACAUCAGUGAAAGUACUGAAAGUUUUAAAAACACCCAAAUUUUACAGCAACAGAUAAACACUAAGCAAUGUCCUACAGUGGAAGAAGAGGGUACCUUGAUAGAUGCCCAGCAAGAAACAGGAGUAUCUUUGAAUAAUAUUUGGGGUUCAGAUAGUUCAGUAGCUGAAGUCAUGGACAAAAAUGAUAUAGCUUUGGAUACUUUAAACAGUGUUGAUGGCAAAAUAGUAGAUGGAACAGGGAUGCAAAACUGUGGUCAGUUUGAUUCUUCAAUAGUGAAAAUAAACCAUGAAGACAAUUGUGAACAAGUUGAUCACCCAGUUGAUGGCCAGAAUCUGAAUAAGCAAAAAAGUUGGGAUAGGGCUAUAAAAGUGGAUUGCCCACGGAAUGAUGGAAAAAAGAAGAAGGUAGAAAGCCAUCCUAUGAAAGAAUCUCCACGAAUUUGUUGUGAUGACUGUGGUUUUUUAGCAGAUGGUUUAAGUGGACUAAAUGUUCACAUAGCCAUGAAGCAUCCAUCAAAGGAGAAGCAUUUCCAUUGCUUACUAUGUGGAAAAUCGUUCUACACUGAGAGCAGCCUUCAUCAGCAUCUGGCUAGUGCUGGCCAUAUGAGAAAUGAACAAGCAAGUGUGGAAGAGUUGCCGGAAGGGGGUGCCACCUUUAAAUGUGUGAAAUGCACAGAACCUUUUGAUUCUGAACAAAAUUUAUUCCUUCACAUAAAAGAACAACAUGAAGAACUGCUCCGGGAAGUCAAUAAGUAUAUUGUUGAAGAUACUGAACAAAUUGUCCGAGAGCGAGAAGAAAAUAAAGGCAAUAUUUGCAAAUAUUGUGGGAAGAUAUGCAGAAGUAGUAAUUCAAUGGCUUUCCUUGCUCAUAUCCGUACUCAUACAGGAUCAAAGCCAUUCAAGUGCAAGAUUUGCCAUUUUGCAACAGCUCAACUAGGAGAUGCCAGAAACCAUGUCAAGAGGCACCUUGGGAUGAGGGAAUACAAGUGUCAUAUCUGUGGUGCCAAGUUUCAAACUGAAACUCUCACCCGAAAAGAAGCAUAUGUUGAAACUAAAGAGAGAGCAGCAUCAGGGUUACAGCAGUCAGUGGUUCAGAAUGAUGAGGAUUUAUCAAGGCAACGGGCAUUGUCAAAUGAGGCUUAG